AUAUAAUUUAUGCCCCGUAUAAAAGAGGUAAACACUGAUAGCAGGGGUUUGUUCUGAGUUAGGUUGCAUCGCACUUGCCUUAGGGACUUAUUUUCUUAAAACUGUAGGUUCCAGCAAGUGAUGGUUCGAGUGUUAGCGCUGUUGGUAGUGGUGGCUGGGUGUGCCUUGGCCAAAAGAGGUACUUACAGCGGCAACCGCAGUGGCUGCCUCAGCGUCGACACCAUCGAUCGCAGCAUCAGAGAAAACUACUGUGAUCAACCACUGUUCGUAACCUUCGUCCCGAAGACGGAAGAAAACACAUUACUUGACAACAUUUGCUACACUUAUUUCCCACUUCCUGAUGAUCCUAACACCUUCCAGAUCUACGAAUCAAGGGUGUUCUGUGACGGAUCUAGCGACGUCGUGUCUUUCAUCGGUACCCAAUUCGACUUGGGUGUUCAAAGAUACGCAAACCCUUACUGCACAUCAUCUGAAAUUUACUUCGGAUAUGCUGGCUGUGAUACUUACCUCGUCUACAGCUGUAACAACUUUGGAAACUGCAACAACUACGGAAGCUCUCCUUGCAUUUACGGAAUCUCCGCUCAAUGCCGAUCCAUUGGAUUGUCAUGUCUGAGGAAGGUUGAGGAGAUUGUGUCCGACAACUGUCUGCCGGACCUUGAGUACUACGUUCUGCCCAUGAAGCUGCCUAACAGAUGUGUGACUCAACAGAACUGCCUCAACCCCACCGCCGGCAACCAGUUCUACAAGGCCCUCGGCUUUACGGGACCUAUUGGAGUGUACAGAUGAACCUAAUCACGUUCCUAUUUGGGUUUUAAAUGAAUACUAUUUUUUGUACAAAAUAAAGAUAUAAUAUUUAACAA